AUACCAGCGGAUCCUGAUCACCCCAUACCCCAUACCAGCGUCCUGAUCACCUCCAUACCCCAUACCAGCGUCCUGAUCACCUCCAUACCCCAUACCAGCGUCCUGAUCACCUCCAUACCCCAUACCAGCGUCCUGAUCACCUCCAUACCCCAUACCAGCACCCUGAUCACCCCCAUACCCCAUACCAGCGUCCUGAUCACCCCCAUACCCCAUACCAGCGUCCUGAUCACCCCCAUACCCCAUACCAGCGUCCUGAUCACCGCCAUACCCCAUACCAGCGUCCUGAUCACCGCCAUACCCCAU